UCACAACAGCAUUCGUUCCCUACCUCAAACAAACAACUGCCCUCGUUUCUUCACAGGACCACUGGCUGGUUACUUGACACGACUUCUACCUUGCCUCCAUCGUGUAACCAUGGACCCUCGAAUGAGCUUCGACGAUAGCUUUCACUUUGACGACCAAUCCAUGUCCUGUACUUCCUCAGCUGGCAGCUUCUCUGCCUCAAACUGCGGCAGCGAGGUCUUCACACCACCUUCAGGUCGCUCAACCCCAGCACAGCGCAUCAGGACUUUGAGCUGUGACAACAUCCAGUACGCGGGCUCGAUUGCAUAUGACCUGACACCACCAACGUCGGCACUCUCGAGCUACUUCCCCCAGGAUAUUCUUGAGUCCGACUCGAUUUACAACACGCCCAGCCGGAAAACCAGUUUGCAAACCUCUCACAGCAUGGAGUUCGAAUAUCCCCAGAUGUACCACAUGCCCAGCGUGGACUCGACCAACUCCCAGCUGCUUGUUCAGUUUCCCUACGCCGACCAGUACAAUGCCACGCCGUUCACUCAAAACCCUGCCUUCUCGCUUGAUGUCCUCGCCUGUCAUGAUGCGGCCGUGUGGCCCAGCUGCCAGGAUGAUAGCCCUGCUGCUUUCUUUGGCGGCCUGCCCUCUCCAGUCGGGCCCAUGACACCGCACCACCAUCACCACCAACACGGCCACCUCCACAACAAGAGGCGUCUCCACCUUGAAGAUAUCCAGCAGAAGACGUCAGCUCUCCACCGCGUGCAGCAGGGCAGACUCGGCAAGCGCGACAGGUUGAUGGACUUCACCCGGAUACCUCAGGGCAUGUACCGCUGUGAUUUCCCAGAGUGUGCCAACAGAAGGCCCUUCAAGAGACAAGAGCACCUGAAGCGGCACAAGGAGACUAAGCACAAGCUUGACGGCGUCAUCUUCUCGUGUCCCUUUUGCUCAAAGACGUUCAACCGGAGAGACAACUACCGGUCACAUCUACUUCUCCACACAAAGAAGGACCGCACCAUCUCACGGACAAGAUAUGAUCCUCGGGCCUUGCCUCUCUACGAGGAAGAGAUGCGGAACACCAAGCACCGGAAUUUCCUCAAGAAGAAGAAGGUCAACAGCCACGGAAUCGAGAUUGACGAGUGACUUCACACCACAAGCUCUCUACGUUCCAUAGGUCCGCAAUCUUUUCGAUCAACCCUUGAUGGCUGUGCUGUAUG